ACAGGAACUUCCGUAGAAACUGCAACUACAGAUUAUUCAGCAAUAGAGAAUUCAACAUUGCUUUUAACAAGAGUCAUGACCGAAUCAGGAGACAAAAACAUAUAUGCAUACUUAACCAUCUGUCUUAGCAUAGCGGUCUUCAUAUGUGCCGUUAUCAUAGUAGUCUUAAUCCUGAGGGUUAAAAGAAUGCAAGCCGAAAAUGAAAGGCAAAACAGUUCAGAGGACAAUUAUAACAGACGAAGAUUGCAAACGUCGACUUUAGAUAAGAGACUCGAAGAAGAGACGUAUGAAAAUCCAGGUAUGUCAACUGAAGAUGUAACAGACAACCAAGAACACUACGAAGUUCUGGAACUUAGAGAGGGUGAUGAAAAGACAAGCAGAGCAGGUGAAAAUGGAAAGGAAUUUUAUGUGAAUACUGAUAUCAGAAAUUAAUUGAUGCUGCUACUGUACAAAGUCAUAUACAUAUGGAAGAAUGACUAGCAACAAAGAGGUUUGCUUUCUUCACUAGAAACCUCACUGGGCACGUGUCUCCAGAAGUAUGACUUUGUGAAAAGUAUUCAUUAAAUGAAGGACACAAUAACUGAAUGUAAAAUUUGAUAUUGUUUUGUAUUUUAAAACUGACUGCGUCACUUAGCAACUAAAGAAAUGCACGCAGUUUUAGAUAAUAAAAUACCUAAAUGUUAAUGCAAGACUGACAGAGAAAUAUGUUAAUCAGCAUGUCAUAUCAGAGUUUAAUAAUACAAUUUUCAUCAUUUUGCUCAGCUAGAUGUUAAAAUAUCGCGACUUUGGAUCUCGUGUAUGUGUUAAAGGACACUAAUGCAGUUAUAUUUUACUUGUAUUAGAACUGAUUUAUAAUUAUUACUUUUUUACCUUCCUUUCUCACUUAGUUGGACGCCAUAUAUUACUUAUCAGUUAUUACUGGCAUUCGCUGUCAUGUAUCUGUAUCGUUUUAUUGUACAUUUGUUCGCACGUUAUACAGUAACAGGGGAGCGGUGGUCUAGUGGUUAAGGUGUCGGCCGCUCAAUCCAGGGGUCAUGGGUUCGACAAUGACUUCUCAUAUGACACCAGUACUGGUUUUUCCAGGAAGCGGACUCGAGAGUGGUUCCAAUAAGCUUGAAGCUUUCAUCACAAAUGAGCUAAAACAAAACAAAUUUUUAGAUUGAAAAUUUAAGACAAAUGAAAUGCAUGAUUUUGAGAAUUGUCAAAUGUGUAUAUACAAUAAAAUCUGUAAAAAAAUCAUUUGGAAACAUAGAACGCAACAAGUCAUCAUCAUAUCAGACAUGGUUUGUUCGAGUCUGUCCAUAGGAGGUAAUGAAAUGUGCAAAACCUCUCGCGUCUGACUUUGCUGACUUCGACAUCACAUUCAAAGCCAUGAGCUGAUUGUUUCAAUCCGAUUUGAAAUUUGAAAUUGACCAAUGACAAAGUCCCAUUACGAGAUUGAUCCCAUUUUUCAUAACCUUAGACUAAAAUUCCUACCCGCUUUAAGAUAUUAAUCUUUUUGCGAUUCAGCCGCGAGACAUUAAAGAGCCACCGUAGGAGCCUGCUAUCUUUUGAUAACUUCUUUUCAGAUUGACGCGGUAAAAUUUUGUACAUUCAAGCGAAUUUAAGUCACUGUCAAAAAUAAUAAGUUUAUAAAAUUUAUGGUAAUGUCUGCGAAAAAUGCCUUCGCCUGCUAUGCAAAUAACACACACCGUUGCGUAUAUUAUUAAUCCACUGCAUACUAAAGAAAAUAUGAUAAUAUUUUAUUUAUUUCCUGUCGUAAAACAGGUUCAUCAUCAUCGUUAACUUUGCA